AGUCAACAUUGUCUGUUAAAAACAGACAAUGAAGCUAAACGUUUUGUUUAUCAAUGUCACACUAAAAAAAACUAAAUUAUUGCACUUAAGAAACCUGUUUCCACCUACACAAUCAGAGACAAGUUACAGUCCAGGUCAUAAUUCAGAUGAUAAUUAACUUGUAUUCACUUAUCUCCUUAAGCUCCACCUUUGGGUCCUCAACCCCUGGUAUUAUAUUCAAACAUCUUGUCAGUUUCAACCAGUUACAUCUGAUGAUUGCAGCUGGACUUGGAAUUGAAUUAAUUCUGUGAUUAGAAAUAUUUGACCGUACAAAGAAACUGAACAUUUAUUUUGAGAAAAGUUUAGUCAUCCACCUGCAGGCAACAUGUGUACCGGGGCUUGUUCAAAGUUUAUUGCAAUCCCUCUCUAUGUCCUGGCUCUUGUGUCGGCCAUCUGCAACAUCAUGCUUUUCUUCCCUGACUUUGAUACACAGUAUGCAAGUGAAGACAAUGAAGAAGAUCCAAGGCUCACAGACGAAGUGAAAUAUAUGGGAGGCUUUAUUGGAGGAGGAAUCAUGGUCAUCAUUCCUGCCAUUCACAUUCAUCUGACAAGUGCAAAGAACUGCUGUGCCAACCGUUGUGGGAUGUUCCUGUCCAUUGGGUUUGCUGGACUGGGUGUGUUGGGGGCCAUUUUCAGUUUGAGUGUUGCUUCUGUGGGUCUUUCCAAUGGGCCAGUGUGCCAGUGGUCAAAUACAGAAAGCCCAACUCCUUCAUGGGGAAGACCGUUUUUGAACAGUAAUGACAGCUACCUGAAUAACAAAGAAAUGUGGGAUUGGUGUAAGGUACCAGAGAAUGUGGUUGAAUUCAACGUGGCGUUGUUCUCCACCCUGCUGGUAGCUGCCAUUCUGGAGCUUAUCCUCUGUGCCAUCCAGAUGGUCAAUGGCCUAUUUGGAUGUAUCUGUGGCACCUGCACUGAUAAGGAGUGAGGCAAAGUGGAUCAACUUCACACCAUGACUUCUUGAUGAAGACCUGAGAGAGAUCUUUCAUGAUCACAAUCAUCACAAUAACUACACAAUAGUCUUACCCUCAAUGAUCUUACAUGGUGCAGGUUUUCUGUUUGUGCUUUGAAUUAGCAUUAAUAAUAUGAAAUCAUGAAGAGGAUUGACUGGGAUUACUGCCAAUUGUUUUUUUCUUUUCAUUCCUUCAAAUAUUAAAACGAAAUUUCCAUCUCAAGAUACAUUCUGUAUUUGAGCAUGUAAAGUUAUUUUUAAUAUUUUGUAAUAACAUUUUUAACAUGGAGCUUAAGCGGGAUUUCAGUCUGAAGAAACUCUAUUGCCUACCUCCAUUCAAUCAAAGACUCUUUGUCGCAAGCCUAUCAGCUUUGAGCUGCUCCUCCUCGAAGCCAAUCAGCAUCCUGGGUUCAUCUUAAAAGAACUCCACAUCCUCGUCUUGGCCUUCUGCCCAGCUGGCAAGCGGUAGCUGCGCAGUGUCUGGUUUGGACUCUGAUGACUGGAUUCAACCCACCUCCAUCCCCUUCUCCACCAUCGUAGCAAGCUCCGCCUGGCUUUCCUACGGUCCUCCUUCAACCUCGUCCCUAUCAGAGUGUAAUUCCUCCCAGACUCUUACGGAAUUGCCUGUCACUCCUUCAAAAGGUCCGGCAGAAGACCGCCAUGUUGAGUCUGGUUCUGCCAGAGGUUUCUUCCCAAAGGGGAGUUUUUCCUCUCCAC